CCCCAAAAAAUAUUCUUCAUUUUCUUCAUUCAUCCACUCCAUAAUUCUCUGUUCAAAUUUUCGGUUUCUUGCCGUUGUUUGAGCGUCAAUGGCUAGUACUUCGGGGGCAAGGAGGUCGACGACGUCGUCUUUGGCGAAGCGCCAUGCGUCUGCUUCCGAGAAUCUUGGGAAGGUGGCGUCGUCGGCCCCCGCCGGGAAGAAACGCCCGGCGCUUGCUAAUAUAACUAACCAGAGGCAUGGCUCCGGCCCGCUCAAUUCGGGUCGAGCUUCUGUGCCCGAAUCAUCGAAAAUUGUGCCAUGUUCUGCCAAGAUCGUGAGCAUCAAGAAGGGAUCUUCGACCUCCAUGAAUGCAAGCUUCUCAGGUGCUACUCUGCCGCCGACCUCCUCUGCAAAACAGAGCAUGGUUGUUCCCAGUAGAGCUACAUCUCAUACAAAAAGUGAUGUAGUAUACUCUAAGACUAGUGCCGCGCCUGAUUCGUUUAGCAUGGACAAGUCUCCUGAUAAAUCAGACUCAUUCUCUGUGUCCAUGGAUGAAUCAAUGUCGACGUGUGAUUCCUUGAAGAGUCCAGAGGUCGAGUAUAUGGAUACUAAUGAAAUUGCAGCAGUUGAUUCGAUUGAGAGAAAGGCAUCUAAUAUGCUCUGCAUUUCAGAACAUGAGGAAAUUUCAGGGAAUAUAUGCAAGAGAGAUGUUCUUGCAACAAUAGAAUCAGAUGACAAGAUUAUAGAUGUUGAUGACAAUCUAGACGACCCGCAAUUAUGUCCAACCAUUGCUUGUGAUAUUUACAAGCACUUGAGGGCGUCCGAGGCAAAGAAAAGGCCAGCAACUAAUUUCAUGGAAAGGGUCCAAAAAGACAUCAAUGCCAGCAUGCGAGCAAUUCUCAUUGAUUGGCUUGUUGAGGUUGCGGAGGAAUACAGACUUGUUCCUGACACAUUGUAUCUCACUGUUAACUACAUAGAUCGUUAUCUCUCUGGAAAUGUCAUGGAUAGGCAGAGGUUGCAACUGCUUGGUGUGGCUUGCAUGAUGAUUGCAUCAAAAUAUGAAGAGAUUUGUGUACCUCAGGUGGAAGAAUUCUGCUAUAUAACAGACAACACAUACUUUAAGGACGAGGUUUUGCAAAUGGAAUCUGCUGUCUUGAAUUACCUGAAAUUUGAAAUGACAGCACCAACGCCUAAAUGUUUCUUGAGGAGGUUUGUCCGGGCUGCACAAGGUGUUAAUGAGGCUCCAUUGUUGCAAUUAGAGUGCAUGGCCAACUACAUAGCAGAGCUCUCUCUUCUAGAGUACAGUAUGCUAUGUUUUGCCCCGUCACUGAUAGCAGCUUCAUCAAUUUUCUUGGCCAAAUUUAUUCUAGUACCUUCUAAGAGGCCAUGGAAUUCUACCCUUCAACAUUACACCCUAUACCAGUCCCGCGAUUUACGCAAUUGUGUUUUGGCAUUGCACGGACUUUGCUGCAAUAGUCACAAUUCUAGUCUGCCUGCAAUUAGGGAGAAGUACAGUCAGCACAAGUACAAAUUUGUUGCGAAGAAAUACUGUCCACCAUCUGUACCUCCAGAAUACUUCCACGACGAAAGCAGCUGAGGUUCUCACAUUCAUUUGCAGCUGUUCCAAUGCUCUGUUGGAGGGGUUUUAUGCACUUGAUUUGCAGCUUCGCUAGCCGCUCGACUAAAGAAAGCAAGUUUUCUUUAUUGGCGAUUCAUGCCAAAGCUAGCAUGAGGGAGCAUGGGGCUACAGAUCAAAUUUGUACGCUUGGUUUGAAAUUGACCCCUUACAUUCUUGUAGCAGCAUCCAGUUCACUCAGUUUUAGACCUAACCAUCAUCAGUUCAUGUAUAGCUUUGCUCUAAUUUUCACUCAAAGCUUUGCAAGAAAUUUGUGUCUCAGAUAGUUUUCUUUCUGC